UGUUUUUCAUAAACUGACAUAAUGUUUGGUUCGGAAUUAAUAUACGCUCUGUGCCUGGUAUUCCUUGCCACUGUUGCUGCUGCGUUCCCAAGUAAUGUAGAUACGCUCGUCAAACAAUACGGCGAGAUGUAUUUGAAGGAUGGAAUUGUUCCCCAAGUUGCAAAAACACAUGCUUUCAUGAAGGAGGGCAAGGUACACAUGCAUGUCGACCUUCUCGGUAUUACAUUCGAGUUUCUACUCGAACCCACAUCCGUUUUCAACCAAGACUUAAUCAUCUCAGUUGUCAAAGGUGGUGGGGUCGCGGAGAAUGAUGAGCGAAACGCUGACGUAUCUGGAACAGCUAUUGUGCACGAUAAUGGAUUCAACAAGGUUUUGAUGUACACAAUUGGCGAAACGGAGUACACAUUAGACGGAUUCGGCCUAGAGUUUGAUUCUGGAUAUUCCUAUUUCUACGCCGUCAAGGACGUCAAAGUGGACCCCAAUCUGACGGACGAGGCAAGAACAUAUGAGUACUAUGAAUGACACAUGCACAGACUAUCGAAUGUGUAAGUACUAAACAUGACUCAAGUACAAGACUAUGUCUACAAAAGUUUCUAUAGUGCUCAAGGCAACUUAUCCACCAGAUGGCCCUGUGCGUGACCAAGCGCACAGUCGCCAGAUCAAGUUUCGGAGAUAGACUGUUGGUACCAGUAGUGACGAAUGAAAUAUGAAAUCAGACAAGGGGUAAGGGCGUUUGUCAAAGGUACAGUGUUCAAUUUUUGUCUGUCGGACUACUAGCGGAUAGGGGAAGCGAAACCUGCGCAUUGUGGUAAGUAAAU